UGUCUGUAUAACACGGCACUGUUAAGCUAUUUGGAUCCACUACUUCAAUCAUGAACCUCUCUGAAUUGUUUCCCCUUUUCUUAACAUUAUUGAUCACCCACUGUAAUAGUUUGGUGAUCAGAGAGACUCCUUCUGAGAAUGUUUAUGAUGUAGAUCCUGGGGAUUUUCGAGAUGACAUUCCAAAAAUAAAUUUAGAAUCCCAAAGGUUUCUGUUUCAAGGCGACAUUGCACAGAGCUGGGAACGGAAUGCUCUUAAAGAUCCAACAUCGAGAUGGAAAUUCCCUAUUCCAUACAUUCUGGCUGACAGCCUUGAUCUAAAUGCCAAGGGUGAAAUCUUGAAUUCAUUUGAGCAAUAUCGCUUGAAAUCCUGCGUUGAUUUCAAACCUUACGAAGGCGAGAAAACAUAUUUAAUUUUUCAAAAAUUAGAUGGGUGCUGGUCUUUUAUUGGUGCCUUGCACAGUGGCCAAACUAUAUCCAUUGGUGAACAAUGUGACUAUAAGGCUAUUGUCGAACAUGAACUCCUACAUGCGUUAGGAUUCUACCAUGAACAAUCAAGGACAGACCGGGAUGACUAUGUUAACAUUUGGUGGGAUGAAAUUAUUCCAGGUAUGGAGCAGAAUUUUGUGGUAUAUGAUGAUAGUUACAUUACAGACCUGAAUACUCCAUAUGACUAUGAAUCUGUGAUGCAUUAUGCACCAUUCUCUUUCAACAAAAACGACAGUUUUCCUACUAUCACAGCAAAGAUACCAGCAUUUGAUGAAAUAAUUGGACAGCAAUUGGACUUCAGUGCUAUUGAUUUGCUAAGGCUAAAUCGCAUGUAUAACUGCAGUUCCACUCUCACACUGUUGGACCAAUGUUCCUUUGAGUUCAUUAAUAUCUGUGGCAUGAUUCAGGGUGAAAAUGAAGAUGCUGAUUGGGUUCAUAUGAAGAGCAAUCCUGGAAAUGAGGAUCAUACUGUAAACGACAAAUGCAGAGAUUCUGGAUACUUUAUGUAUUUUGAUACGCAGACAGGACCGACUGAUCAAACUGCUGUUCUGGAAUCCCGAAUCCUUUAUCCCAAGAGGACUGAGCAAUGCCUUCAGUUCUUCUAUAAAAUGACAGGAAGUCCAAAGGAUAAGCUUGUUAUAUGGAUGAAGACAGAUGAUGGAACUGGAACUGUUCGAAAACUAGUUAAAGUUGAGACCUUUGAAGCCGAUGGCAGCCAUUCUUGGAACAUUGCCCAUGUGACGUUUCAUGCAAAGGUCAAGUUUCGAUAUCUCUUUCAAGGUAUAGUCGGUAAUUCCACAAAUUCUACAGGCGGAAUUUUCCUGGAUGACAUCAGUUUUACUGAGACCCGCUGCCCUAAUGGUGUCUGGCAAAUAAAGAACUUCUCUGCCAUUCUUCAAGACAAGAGACUUAACACAACUUUAAUAAGUCCACGGUUUUACAGCACUGAGGGUUAUGGCUAUGGCCUCAUUUUGUAUCCUCACUCACGUUAUGAAAACUACGUGGGGAUGUUUUUCCAUCUGUGCAGUGGUGAAAACGAUGGCAUCCUUGAGUGGCCAGCUGGGAACAGGCAAGCUGUUGUCACUAUCAUGGACCAAGAUCCUGAUGUCAAACUUAGAAUGUCAUCUCGUAGAAGUUUCACUACAGAUGGACGCGACGUAAUGACAGGUGAGAAAAUACAACUACAUAUCUCUAAAGAAAUUCCAAGAAGGGAGAAUCUCAACAAACCAGCAAAAUACAGAAACCUGCAUAGCUUCUUGCCAUAG